CGGUGCGCCGCAGCGCGUCGCGACGUGCCACAGUGCGUCGUGUUGCCAUGAACUCUGGUGACCCGCCUUGACGUACGUCGUUUGAUUUUUUGCCUCGUGUAAAUCGGGCCAAAAAAUCAAACGACGUAUGUCGUUCGACGCGCGCCGCGCGUCCUACGUCACUUUUUUUCCCGUGUAAAAGCGAAAACGACGCGCUUUGGGGCGCUGUGGCGCGACGCAGUGUGGCACCUCCAGAGGUGACUUACGACGCUCCGCGGGGAGUUUGCGGCGCCGCCCAACCUCGUGUAAACGGAUCCGCGUCGCAGGUAGCCCAUUUCUGCGGUGCUGUGAGCGCUCCUGGUGGUAUACUCUCGCACCCAAACUGCUCGGUUGACAUUUCCUUGAGCUUCAAUCAUAGCAUCGACAGCACAGAAGGCUGCCCGUUGAAUGUCGUGGUACCGGUCCCUACAACGUACAAGCCGUCUUCUGCGCCAUGCCCGGCGCUGCAUGUACGCGCGAGUAGAGAAGAAAAUCAUCAUCUGUCAGAUGAACAAUAACAACAGGACUUGUUCUAUGAUCCCGCCAUUUUAAAAACGCGCGCUGUCAAAUGUCGGGCGGGAACCUUCACGGCAACGCGACGCACUGUGGCGUGUCGCGACUCGCUGCGGCGCGCCGCAGGGGUGUGUGUAAAAUGAAAACUGUCCUACGUCACUGUCCUAGGACAAACGACAUACGUCGUUCAAAGAGCCUCGUGUAAAUUGGGCCUUAGUUAUUAUGGUGUGAUGAUUACGUAUUUCCAAGUAUUAGAUGAUAUCUGACAUUGUCUUUGUCAUUGUCACAUUUCUACAGGUAAAGAAGUACGUGAAAGACGUGAAGCCGUUGCUCACCCCUAUACUGGAUAUCAUAUCGUCCUCUGGGGUUGGCGGUCCUGUCAUUGCGGCUGCAGAUGUGCCUGCCGGCGCCAUGUUGGAUCAUCUUCCCGCUGCCAUGGAUGAGCUGGACGGACUGAUACGGCAACACGGCGUAACCCUACAGGAGCUGAACUCCAUCUACCGGCCUGUAGGGUGGUACAUGUUCAUCACGUGCCAAGAGGCUCCUGGCGGUUUGCGCACAACGUGGGAUGUAGGCUACAUCCGAGAGGAAGGAGAGAUCAACAGGUUCAUAUCGGACAGCGGACAUCUCACUCGGGAGAAGAUACAUGCACACAAAGCUGUGUGCUAUGCAACAGCCUUCUACAACGUGUCGACCAAGAAGGAGUACGACACAGUCCUCGCAGUUUACGAUGUAGUUGACAGCUUGGCCCCCGAGAUAUGGAGCGCCCGGAACAUCUCCAUGGAAGCAGCCUUCCCUCCACGUGUCAGUAAAGUUUUUCUUGUCAGCAUUGCAAGCCAGAAAGGGGACACGGAUAGUGGGAAGUUGUUGGUGACCAUCGACGGUGAAAACCUAGACUUCUUUGUCCCAUUGAAGAACCCUUUCACAGGCGUUCCCUUUGACGAGACGAGGGGAGUUUCUGUGAACUUCAAAAGUUCUCGCCAAGUUGUUCUGGAGUGUUACCUUACUGAUGGAGCGUUCGACCCUCUUCCCACCGUCACGGUGAGAACUCACUUUCAGGAGAUCCUGUAUCAGAUCACGGCGGAUGAAUUCAAGCAAGUGAAAGGCUGCACACUGGGUCAGCUGGUUGUCGGGCGGUUGAAGCCUGAGCUGCUCAUCAAGGCAACACAGCGUUGCUUGGCAACAGUGAUGAUGAUGCCAGAAUCCAUCCGACAAAAGGAACUUGCAAAGAGCGCCAUGAUGACGUACCUGGACAAGCUGGACAAGAGCAGACGUAACGUCAGAAAUGGUAACAAGAAACCAGAGCUAUUCAACAUGGUGGCAGAUGCCUUAUCUGGUGGCCUAGAGAAGCUCCAAGACGAAAUGCUGCUACCUGUGGUGGGUGAGAUUGUGGCUGAAGUUGGUGACCAUCUAAAGGUGACAUUCCCUAUGCGUUGGAGAGACUGGGUUCUGGGAAGUCUGCUAGGGCUUACAGCCGUCGCUGGAGUGGUAUUCACAGGGGGCGUUGGUGCUGCAUACAUCGGAGCCAUCGGUGUGACGGGAGGUGGAGCCAUUGCCGGCGGCGCUGCAGGCAUAAUGGCUGCCGGAGCCAGUCUGUACGGCAAGGCCAAGCUGGAUCAGUAUUUCAUUGAGGUGGAGCGUAAUUACAAGGGUGUUCUCAGAGCUCUGUUGGAGGAGCUUCCAUUUGUUAAUGAUGCAAGUACUGAGAACUCGAUCCACGACCAGUCACUGAGCGACGAUGUGUAUUGCCUGGAGUCGGCUCUUAUGACCAAGUAUAAGAUGCUAGGGUUUCUUGACAGCGACAUCGACGCCAUCAUAAAGACAACGCCCUUCAAGUCCAGUCGGGGAGGGAAGCUGACAAACGCGACUCUGGAAUCACAAUUGGAUGCACUGAGACGCUGUCAGAUGACCUGUGACCUGUUCCGGAUCCGUCAGCUGCUCAUGAAGACUUGCUUCGUGGGUCUGAUCGGUCCGCAAGACGCAGGCAAGUCAACACUCAUCAAGACGCUCUGGGGAAUAGACGAGCUGAAAGACAUCGGGUUCCAGAAGCACACCAAAACACCCGUGCUUUACAAGGCCAGGGGCACGGAGAGGAUGGUGAUUGUGGACUUUCCCGGCACGACCACAGUUGAUACCCAGGUGGCCACGCUAGUGAACCACUGCGGCGGACUCGCCAGUUUCUUCAUACUCGUCAUGCCGUUUACGAGAGAUCCCAGUAAGAUAAACAUUGAUCAACUCAACAAGGUCAAGAACUUCGGUUGUUCCUUCAUCGUCUGUAUCAACCAGUGUGGACGCUUCCUCGACGCUUUUAAGACUAAGGAAAACACAAACAAGUACUGUGCCGACUUCUCCGAGGUACUGGAAGUGCAACCUUCUGACAUCCUCUUCACCGACUUCGUGGCCUGCACCCCGGAGAUGCGCGCAAUGGGGCUGGUGGGGGUGGAUGACGUCAGGCGGUGGAUCAAAGACUGGCUGGUGAGGUAUGACGUGUUCGAGAAGGACGAGCCUGAGCUGAGUAGGGCUGUGAACGAGCAGGCAGCUGUGAAGGGUACAGAUGCUUAGAUCUCUGUGUCUCUGCUUUCCAGCAUAAACAUAGCCCUACAGACCGUAAAUAGUUUCAUCAGGUAGGUAGAUCAAUUGAACAAAGUCUUCUUCGUUACGCAACCGUCUUUCAUACUUCAAUAGACGUUUCGGCGACUAUCUGUCACCUUUACAAAUACAAAAACUGUACUUGUGUACUGAUGAAGGUGACAUAUGGCCGGUUAAACUUUUACUGAAGAAUAAAAGAGGUUGGUGUAAAGGAGACUUUGUUCAAUACAGAGUCCUACAGAAAUUUACGAAAACAAAACAUGUUAGUUGAUGUAUAAUAAAUCACCCAACAAGCAUCUGUGAACUCAAGGUACAGAUUCUUAGAUUGGUAGAGCUGAGUCACUUUCCUGCUUUCCAGCAUAUAGUACAAAACAGAGAUUUUUGCAUUAAUAAAUUGUCUAUGACCAAAAGGGGAUCACUGCCUGACAUUUGGCGUGGUGGCUUCAUUUUGACAUGAGAUAAAUAAACAAUGUGGUGUGUAUUUGUGUAAACGUGUGCUGAAUGGAAUCAAACUUGUAAUGAAAUUUUGAUACACUCUUAUAUCAAUAAGGCUAAUGCAUUUGCCAUUGUACCUUAUCAGUUUAUAUAAUUGCAGACUCUUAUGUUGUCUCCAUAUCUCAGUAAUUGAUACAGAAUUUUGUCUUUGCAAAGUAACAAAGGAAUUUAUUUUCAUGGCUCGAAUGCGCAUUAUAACUUUAUAGAAUGCAUUAGAAAUAGUUUUGCUACACUUUGUAAUUGCUACAAAUUGAUUGUCCUGGAUAUGGAUGUAAAUCAUAAUGUUAUAUUAUCAUAAGUUUUUAAGAUAAUCGAUGCAUUCAGAUUCCUGUAGGCAUUGAGAUUUUAGUUGAUUAUUCAAAAGGAAGAAAUCUGCGAAGCUCAGGUAUUCACCACAUAUUACCCGGUGUAUCGUCAUG